UGUUUUGGAAGAGCAGGUGUACGAGGCAACCCCUGCGUAGGAGCGGGAGGCUAUAGCGGCAGUUUCUCGAACAUUCACUUUACUCAAUCACAAAAUGGCGCAGAUGAUGGUACCAAGAGGCGCGCGUCCGCAGAUAAUUCUGCUAAAAGAGGGGACAGAUACAUCACAAGGCAUUCCGCAACUUGUGAGCAAUAUCAAUGCAUGUGAAGUUGUUGGUGACGCGCUUCGAACAACUCUUGGUCCAAGAGGAAUGGACAAGAUGGUAGUGGAUGCCCAAGGCAAAGCAACAAUAUCAAAUGAUGGUGCAACAAUUAUUAAACUUAUGGAUAUUGUUCAUCCAGCUGCAAAGACAUUAGUAGACAUUGCAAAAUCUCAAGAUGCUGAGGUUGGUGAUGGCACUACAAGUGUAGUAUUGCUUGCUGUAGAAUUUAUGAAACAAAUUAAACAAAUUGUUGAGGAUGGUGUACACCCACAGGCUGUCAUCAAAGCUUACAGGAAGGCAACAAAUAUGGCUAUCUCUAGGAUAAAAGAGAUUGCAGUGAAGAUAAAAAAAGAUGAUGAGAAAGAAAUGCGAAGUCUUCUAGAGCACUGUGCUGCAACUGCUCUGAGCUCAAAACUAGUUGCAAGGCAUAAGGACUUUUUCAGCAAAAUGGUAGUUGAUGCAGUGGUCCAUUUAGAUGAAUUACUCCCAUUAAACAUGAUAGGCACAAAGAAAGUCCAAGGUGGUGCAUUAGAGGAUUCCUUUUUGGUUUUGGGUGUGGCAUUUAAAAAGACAUUCUCCUAUGCUGGGUUUGAAAUGCAACCUAAACAAUACAAAGAUCCCAAAAUAGCAAUGCUGAAUAUUGAACUUGAGUUGAAGGCAGAAAAGACAAAUGCGGAAGUUAGAGUUGACAGUGUGGAGGAAUAUCAAAAAAUAGUUGACGCAGAAUGGACAAUCCUAUACGAAAAGCUGGAAAACAUAGUAAAAAGUGGAGCAAAAGUAGUUUUGUCAAAAUUACCGAUUGGAGACGUUGCAACUCAAUAUUUUGCAGAUCGGGACAUAUUCUGUGCAGGAAGAGUAACUGAAGAAGAUUUGAAGCGAACAAUGAAAGCGUGUGGUGGAUCGAUCCAAACAUCUGCCCAAAAUUGGAAUGACAGUGUCCUAGGAACAUGCGGCGACUUCGAGGAAGUGCAAAUUGGAGGAGAUAGGUUCAACAUGUUCAAAGGAUGCCCUAAUGCAAAGACAUGCACGUUCAUUUUACGAGGUGGAGCAGAACAGUUCAUGGAAGAGACAGAACGAUCCCUUCACGAUGCUAUCAUGAUCGUCAGAAGAGCUCUUAAGAACGAUGCUGUGGUGGCAGGAGGUGGUGCCAUCGAGAUGGAACUCAGUCGAUAUUUGAGAGAGCACUCUAGAACGAUUGCUGGCAAGGAGCAAUUGCUUAUAGCUGCCAUGGCUAAGGCAUUUGAAGUAAUUCCAAGGCAGCUUUGCGAUAAUGCUGGCUUUGAUUCGACUAUUGUCCUGAACAAGCUGCGUCAAAAGCACGCGUCAGGUGGAAUCUGGUAUGGUGUCGAUGUGAACAAAGAGGACAUUUCUGACAACUUCGAAGCAUUUGUGUGGGAGCCCGCCGUCGUAAAGAUCAACGCAAUCACUGCAGCCUCGGAAGCAUGUUGUUUGGUUUUGUCAGUAGACGAGACUGUGAAGAACCCCAAGGCAAAUAUGGAAGCACCACCCCCAGGGGGUAUCCCUAGAGGACCCCGAUAAAGUUAGUAAGAUAGUCUGUUGUUGAUUAUAGGUAAACCCAUAGCUUUCUUUUUUCUCAUUUUGUUCAUCAGUGUCAAUGUGCAGAAAGUUCUGUGAAUAGAUUAUUGAAUUCAA